AACGAUACCAAGAAGAUGUAUGCGAUGAAGUACAUGAACAAACAGAAGUGUGUGGAGCGCAAUGAAGUGAGGAAUGUCUUCAAGGAGCUCCAGAUCAUGCAGGGGCUGGAGCAUCCUUUCCUGGUUAAUUUGUGGUACUCCUUCCAAGAUGAGGAAGACAUGUUCAUGGUGGUAGACCUGCUGCUGGGCGGGGACCUGCGAUAUCACCUGCAGCAGAAUGUCCGCUUCCAGGAAGACACUGUGAAGCUCUUCAUCUGUGAGCUGGCCAUGGCCCUGGACUACCUGCAGAGCCAGCGCAUCAUUCACAGGGAUAUGAAGCCUGACAAUAUUUUGCUUGAUGAACAUGGGCACGUGCACAUCACAGACUUCAACAUCGCUACGAUGCUACCUGUGGAGAUGUGCAUCACCACCAUGGCCGGCACCAAGCCUUACAUGGCACCUGAGAUGUUCAACUCCAGAAGAGAAGCAGGUUAUUCCUUUGCUGUUGACUGGUGGUCACUGGGAGUGACAGCAUAUGAGCUGUUGAGAGGCCGGAGACCGUAUCACAUUCGCUCCAGUACUUCCAGCAAGGAAAUUGCACACAUGUUUGAGACGGCGCUUGUGACUUACCCUUCUGCCUGGUCACAGGAAAUGGUGUCACUUCUUAAAAAGCUACUGGAACCGAAUCCAGACCAACGAUUUUCCCAUUUGUCUGAUGUUCAAAACUUCCCAUAUAUGAAUGAUAUGAACUGGGACGCAGUUUUGCAGAAGAGGCUCAUUCCAGGAUUUAUUCCUAACAAAGGCAGGCUGAAUUGCGACCCCACCUUUGAGCUCGAAGAAAUGAUUCUGGAGUCCAAGCCUCUUCACAAGAAAAAGAAGCGCCUGGCCAAGAAGGAGAAGGAAUUGAGGAAAUGUGAUUCCUCCCAGAGUGAGAUGUGCCUUCUUCAGGAGCACCUUGAAUCUGUCCAAAAGGAGUUCAUCAUUUUCAACCGAGAGAAAGUCAAAAAGGACUUUAAUAAAAGACAAGCCAAUCAAGCCUUGGAACAAACCAAAGACCCACAAGAAAAGGAUGGCCGGAAUAACCCGUGAAGUCCUCAACAUCUUCUUGGGACAUUUCCACGUCAGGAAAAGCUGACAGAAAUUCUCACCUCUCCACACCUCACACACCUUAGAAAAUAUGACUGAAUACCUUUGGAGGGAGGCAGCAUGACCCAGGGAAGAGUCCCCAGGCUCCCGGGAACUAGAUUCACCACCGCGCGACCUUGAGCAAGUUACUUACCCCCUUUCUCUGCUUCAGUUUUUUCAUCUAAAAACGAGAACGUAAUACUAGAUGAGCCCUAUGCUGCCUUUUUACUGUCACUGUUCUCCAUUCUGUUAUUCUAAACAGCCUCUAUUUUUAUUUUAAAAGGAAUAUUUGGACGCAGAUUUAUUUUUUCCACUCCUAAUUACACUGCGACAAAUGGA